ACUCUCUUGUUAUUGCAGGACUUACUGGAUCUGGAGGAAGAAGCCAAGUCAGACGAGGAAGAAGAGGAAGAGGAGUCAUCUGAGUAUGAAGAGUACACUGAUUCUGAAGAAGAAGCCAAUCCAAGAUUGAAACCAGUGUUUGUACGAAAGAGUGAUCGAGUCACUGUUCAGGAACGUGAGAAGAUGGAACUUGAUCUUGAACGUAAAGAAGAAGAGAAAAAGAAGAUCCAUGAGGAAAGGACAAAAACAUCACGCAAGCUUGUUGAAGAUCUUCUAAGAAAAGAAUUACAGGAGGAACAAGAAGUGGACAAUGAGGAAGAUGUCAUCAUAACAGAUGAUGAAGAUGACGAGGAAGAGUAUGAAGCUUGGAAAGUUCGUGAACUAAAACGUAUCAAGAGAGACAGAGAGGAAAGAGAGCAAUUGGAGAGAGAACGCCAAGAUGUGGAACGUCUUCGCAACCUGACCGAGGAGGAAUGUAGAAUGGAAGUGAAAAGCAACCCAAAACAGAUCACCAACAAGGCAGCCAAGGGAAAAUACAGAUUCUUACAAAAAUACUAUCACCGUGGUGCUUUCUUCCUGGAUAAAGAGGAUGGUGUGUACACACGGGACUUUGCUAAACCCACUCUGGAGGAUCACUUUGAUAAAACGAUUAUUCCUAAAGUAAUGCAGGUCAAGAACUUUGGUCGAUCAGGUAGAACGAAAUACACUCAUUUGGUUGAUCAAGAUACAACACAGAUGGAUUCGCCCUGGACGAUGGAUAACACGCUAGCCAUGAAAUUCCAUACCGUCCGUGCCGGUGGCAGUAAGCAAACGUUCCAAAGACCAACCAAGCGGAGAAAGUAACUUGUGUGGCUUUCUCGUCACGUUAGUCUGCUGUGGCGAUGUCAUCGUCGCUACAAAUGAACUGUUGGAGAAGUUGACGGCGCUAAUCACACGAAGUGGGAAAGAUGGACCAGAAAAGCUUUUUGUGAGGUGCCUGUAGAUGACACCUACGGCGGUUUUUACGGCAGUCAGUCGAUAGACUAUAAACUGUCAUUUCUUUGCUGGUUGCUUGUAUGCGUGGUCAUUGAGCAACGAAAAAAAGUGUUGUCUUUACAUAAACGUUCUUCAACUCUUAGAUCCUAGUCUGGAAAUGUUUAACGGUUAUUAUUGUUACUGACUGCAAACAUCAUUUUAAGUAUUAGCUCAGCUCUCAAACAACCAUGGCGCCUUAACAAUCUGUUAUCAAAAUGUCCCAAUUUCUCUAAGAAAAGCAUGGAAGCUUACAAGGAGAAUGUCAUUACCAUGUGCUGGAACUUUCAUUGUGCCCACCAUCAUACGUCAUAGUGUCAUAAGUCGCCUUCAUUUUUUUUAGGACGUCGAAAUAUUUCUUGUUUGGAUCAUUUCUAUCGCAACACUGGAAAUUGAACUGUUUGGUUCUUCUUAGUUUUUGUACAUAGUAUAAGAAAUAAAAAGUCUUAAUCCCC